GCCUACUUUAUAUAUCGAAUUUACUACGCAGCAAGAGUGUUUCCCAUUCAAAAUCAAAAUUUAUCAAUUUCACUUUUAUAUCACUGAAAACCCUAAACCCCUAUUUUAAUUCAAAUUCGACCAUGUUUGGAGUUGUUUUCCCCAAUCGGAGCUUCCCAAUGGACAUCUCCGCCUUCGCCCAAAUCAACACCUACCACUGGAUUCUCGACAUGAAUACCUUCGUCGGCGAGGCCUACGAUCAGGUCCGCGAGCUCUGCAUUUUCCUACUCAAUGACUUCACUCUCCCUCCCGACAAAGCACUCGCCGUCUACAUACAAUCUCCGGGCUGCCCCUUCGUCUUCUGUGGCGCCGUUACCCUCACUCGCCCCUCCGCCGUCCUCACCCUGGCCUGGCCAGAACCCGGUGGCUCUCUGGCAUCCCAACUCCAGAUUACCGGCCCCGAUGCAGCGCCGAUGCCCGCGAAGAUCGGAGUGUCGGUGGAGGAGCUGGUGUCGCUGCCGUCGCUUGACGUGACUGCGGAGAAGAGGAUCGAGCGGCUGGCGUUGAAGGUUGGGGAGAACCUGUUCAAUUUCAUGCAGUCGUUCUGUGGUGUGGAUGGGUCGAAGCUGGUUGUGCCCAUGGAUAUCUUGGAUAGAUGGUUCAAGAAGUUUCAAGAUAGGGCUAAGCGCGAUCCUGAGUACUUGAAAGGCUUUGCGUUGUAAAUUUUAGAAUUUUGAUUUGAAUUCAUAGUUUUAAAAAGCAAUUAUGAAUGGAAGCAUUUUAGUUUUUUUUUUCCUUCUCUAUUUUGUCAAUUUGUUGUGAACUUCUUCAGGAGUAGAAUAAGAAUGCACAAGGUUUGAGAUUCAUAUGAUGUUCUUAAUACUCGAGCGAAAUAAUUUUAAUAGUUGAAAAUGAUUAAUGCCCUUUAUCAGUUAA